AUGUCUACUCCCGAUAACUUGUCCAUCCCCCAAGCCGACCUGGUCAGCAGAAAAUCUCACGUGCUGCCUGGACAAUUAUGUGUCACGGAGCUCUUCUUCAAAGUACCUCUGGACUACACGGACAUCCAGGGCCCUUCCAUCACACUAUUUGCACGUGCUGUCAAGAAACACGAUGUUCCCAUAUUCCCACCCGAUGAUGAAGAGUCGGAGAACAGUCCAAAAGACGAAUUUGGCGAGCCCCCAAAACCAUAUAUGGUCUAUCUUGAGGGAGGACCGGGCUUUGGCAACCGUGAACCGCAGGAUCAUCCCCUCACCCGCCACGCUCUUGCAAAGGGAUACCAGCUUCUCUUACUUGACCAUCGCGGCGUUGGCCUAAGUACACCAGUUGGUGCUGAUAUGCUAAGCCUUGUAUCUGAAGACGUUGAAGGGCGCACUCGGUACCUCGGCCUCAUGCGCCAGGACAACACAGUCCGGGACUGCGAAGCUGUAAGGAAGUAUCUUACCGCCUCGUGGCCCGCUACCAAACAACCAUGGUCCAUCUUUGGCCAGUCGUACGGAGGUUUCAUCGCACUAUCCUAUUUAUCCAUGCAUCCAGAAGGUCUUCGGGAAGUCUUUCUCACUGGCGGUCUAGCCCCUGUGGGUAAGAAGCCUGACCAAGUAUAUGAAGCAACAUUCCAACGGGUCAUAGAACGCAACGAGCAGUACUAUGAAAAAUUCCCAGAGGACGUCGAAAACGUCCGUCAAGUGGCUAAAUUCAUAGAGAGUAAAGGUGGCAGUAUUCCGUUGCCAUCUGGCGGUGUCCUCACCGUUCCUCGUCUCUUGACUAUAGGCAUUUCCUUUGGAAGCCAUGGUGGCUUCGACCAGGUUCACUCUACGAUCCUGACAUUAAAAACAUCCCUCGAUCAGUUCGGAUUUUUCAACAGAGCAUCCCUAGUGCCGCUUGAAGGCUGGAACCCAUUUGAUACCAACAUCAUAUACGCCAUCCUUCACGAGGCCAUAUAUUGUGACGGCCCUGGUUUAGCCUCCGCCUGGUCAGCGAAUCGCAUUGGCAGAGAACUCAAGCCAUUCUCCUGGCUGAAUGACAACUACUCAACGGAAUCUACCAGCGGAUGUCUCUACUUCUCUGGAGAAAUGAUAUUCCCAUUUCACUUCGAAACUUACCCAGAGCUCCAGAUACUUCGCCAGGAGGCUGAGUUAUUGGCCAGUCGUGAUAACUGGCCUGCUCUUUACGAUCAGGAGAAGCUUCGUAAGAAUAAGGUUCCUGUAUAUGCUGCUUCGUUCGUUGAGGAUAUGUACGUCGACUAUAACUUUGCCAGAGACACAGCCAAGCUUGUCAAGGGUACAAAGACUUUUGAGACGAAUGUCAUGUACCACUCGGCAUUAAGAGCGAAAUCGGACGAGGUUCUGCAGCAGCUGUUUAGCCUGAGAGACGAUGUUAUUGACUAG